AUGGUGUUCGUUCACACACCCUCGGCAAUAUCCGACUUCAGUGAAUUGGACAGCUUGCCAGUUGCUUGCUGUCCAACAGCUUGCCCAUGCAAACUCUUCAGUGCUUUCGUCGUGCGGUCGCAGUUCCAUCACGUCUUGGAUUCACUUCCAGGAGCAUCACCGGGACAACACCUCCUUCUACGCCAUGGUUCAUUCGAUACUGAAGGACCAGUUCAAUCAAUAGUUAGGCAUACACCUCCACAUCUUGCUCCAAAAACACAUGAGCUUCCCGAAAACAUCCCCGCCGGCAUAAGGCAACUAUUUUUGCAGCUCACUAAAUCUCCUUUUCUCGAGCCGUCGACUUUGAGUGUUGAACGACCUGUCGCCGCUCUUCCUGGCCCUCCAUUACUUCGAACGAUACCCAAGGGUCGCCGGAAACGCGGUCGUACCUACUCUGGUGAAGGUCUUGUUGAAGAGCCUGGAGGUAUAUGGGACUGGGUAAUUACUGCUCAGGUGAAAGAAGGCACCGAAAAUCGAGGAUCGAUAGAAGCUGUCGUGCGUCAAGUGCGAAAGAAUCUGUUGUCUGUGGACCCACCGCUGCCGCUUCCGCCAAAUUCUAAGCGGAGAAUGCACAACGGGUGGGCUAUGGUUGAUGCAGGCAAUUUUGCUGUCCAUAUACUGAGCCGCGAUGCGCGACGGAAAUAUUUUGAAAGAUCGGUGUCCGAGUGGUAG